CUACAUCUGUGCAUGUUUGCUAUACCUGUAGCCCACUGUAUUUUUAUCACCUCGCUUUCUUUUUCUGACUGUCACGAGACAAAGGGAAUGGACAGAGAAAAUUGGCAAGAGCCUGCAAACUCAUUGUGGAUCACACAACUUUGUUUUGCACCAACUUAUCACCUAGAAUGUGAUGCCUCCAGAAUCUAUUAAUAUUCCUGUUGAUGCUUAUAAGAGAAGGUUGGUUUGGAACUUUGGAUUGGAGCUCAGCAUCACUUGCCACUGUCUGAGAAGAUGGUGAGCUCAAACAAGGGCAAAGUAUGUGUAACUGGGGCUUCAGGCUUUAUUGCCUCUUGGCUUAUCAAACGGCUGCUCGAGUCUGGAUAUCAUGUGGUAGGGACUGUCAGAGACCCAGGAAAUCACCAAAAAACAGCACACCUUUGGAAAUUACCUGGUGCCAAAGAGAGGCUGCAAAUUGUGCGAGCUGAUCUGUUGGAAGAAGGGAGCUUUGACAAUGCUGUCAUGGACUGUGAUGGCGUCUUCCACACUGCAUCCCCUGUGCUCGCUAAAUCUGAUUCUAGUAGCAAGGAGGAAACGCUUGUUCCAGCAGUAAACGGUACUCUGAAUGUGCUAAGAUCGUGCAAGAAGAACCCAUUUCUGAAAAGGGUUGUUCUUACGUCUUCAUCAUCUGCAGUGAGGAUUAGGGAUGAUGAUCAGCCUAAUAUCUCACUGGAUGAAACAACAUGGAGCUCUGUGCCACUCUGUGAAAAGAUGCAGCUAUGGUAUGCCCUAGCGAAGGUAUUUGCAGAGAAAGCGGCAUGGGAAUUCGCCAAGGAGAACAACAUCGACCUUGUGACUGUCCUCCCAUCAUUUGUGAUCGGGCCCAGUUUAUCCCAUGAACUAUGUGUUACCGCUUCAGAUGUCCUAGGCUUAUUCCAAGGUGACACGGCAAGGUUCAGUUCUUACGGAAGAAUGGGAUACGUUCACAUCGACGAUGUUGCCAGCAGCCAUAUCCUGGUGUACGAGACCCCCCAUGCCACCGGGAGAUACCUGUGCAGCUCCGUGGUGCUGGACAACGACGAGCUGGUCUCCUUGCUCGCGAAGCGAUACCCAGUAUUCCCCAUACCCCGGAGACUGAACAGCCCUUACGGCAAGCAGUCGUACCAGCUGAACACGUCGAAGCUGCAGGGGCUGGGCUUCAAGUUCAGGGGAGUGCAGGAGAUGUUCGACGACUGUGUCCAGUCGCUCAAAGACCAGGGCCACCUGCUGGAGUGCCCCCUGUGAUGAAGAUUGAGGGAGAAAGAGGUCUUGUCCCCGACAAGAACAGGCCAGAGCCAAACACAGUUGGGUCGCGUCCAGAACUCGCUUGCUCCCUGUCAAUUUGUUUCAAUAAUUCCAUGUCAUGUCAGCGUCCUUGCGUGAACUGCUGCUGUCAGUUCAUCGCUCACGGAAUCUUUAGAAAGAAAAAAGGUCAUAGCUCACGGGUUCUAGCACUACAUGAAUAAAAUGUCACGUCGCCAUUAAUUUCCUUAACCAUUUUUUGUUC